AGCUAAUAAUAAUUCUUAUAGUAACUAGUAAUUUUAUUCGUGCAGAUAUGAACGUGGAGAAAUUGAUGAUGAUUAAUUAUCCUCACAAGGUUUAUUAGUCAACAGGUAGCAAAUAUCUGCUAGAUUAACGUUGUAAAUUUGACUAGUUUUCUUGUCAUAAAAGCUAGUGACACUUUACAACAGUUUUAUACAGUUUUAACAUAUUUAUUGUUAUUUACCAGUGACUAGUUUGCAGUGAUAUGAAAUGUAACAUAUCGACCAGAUAUGUCAUUUGCGUCCUUGGAUCUAUAGGUUUAGGAAUAAUCUAUGGACUAAAAACGAAUUUUCAUGUUGCCAUCGUGAGUAUGGUAAAUCAUACCGCUGUAGCAGGAGGAAGCAGUCAUGAUGGAGCGGCCAAAGAGGAUGGACCCUUUGUCUGGUCUAAAACAGUUCAGGGCUUUCUGCUGAGCUCCUACUUUUGGGGCUACAUGAUUUCGGAACUUCCCGGAGGUCGACUAGCAGAGUCUUUCAGCGCCAAAUGGGUCAUGUUUUUCGCUAUUGCUAUUAAUGUGGUUUCGGCGCUUUUAACUCCUGUUUUUGCCGAAAUACACUAUGGACUACUGCUCGUGCUCAGAGUAUUGCAAGGAAUUGGAGGAGGAGUAACUUUUCCUGGAAUGCAUGUGAUACUGGCUCAUUGGGCCCCUCCAACUGAAAGGAGUGUAAUGAGCAAUAUCGUUUAUGCUGGGACUGCCUUGGGGACAGUUUUCUUCAUGCUGCUUGCCGGAAUAAUAGGAGCAAAACUGGGAUGGAUGUGGAUCUUUUAUAUAGAAGGUGGAGCCAGUGCAUUGUGGCUUUUGCUCUGGUUCUUUUUGGCAGCAGACAGUCCAGCGACCCAAAAAAAAAUUAAUCCCGAAGAGCGCGAGUUUAUCAUGAAAUCUUUGAAUCAAACUGAAGGCGAAAGCUCCGGCGCACAUGAAUUAAAAAUGCCCUGGAAAGCCGCAAUGACUUCGCCAGCCUUCCUAGCCAUCUUAGUUGCGCAUACAUGUUCCAACUGGGGAUGGUACAUGGUUCUUGUGGAACUACCUCUGUACAUGAAAACCGUACUCAAAUUCAAGCUGGAAGAAAACUCAUUCCUGACUGCUCUACCGUUUCUCACCAUGUGGAUUUUCUCGAUGAUAUUCAGUAAAAUUAUGGAUCAUUUGAGAGGAAAGAACAUUAUUUCCACCACUACCGCAAGGAAAAUCGCCACAGGUGUGGCUAGUAUGGGUCCAUUGAUUUGUUUCGUAAGUCUUUGUUACUUGGAUGGACAACAAACAGGAGUAGUACUGAUGACUCUUGCUGUGACUGCUAUAGGAGGAAUGUUCUGUGGAUUUUUAUCAAAUCACAUAGAUAUUGCACCUAAUUUCGCCGGAACUCUUGUUGCUGUUACUAACACAGUGGCUACUAUUCCCGGAAUAGCAGUACCGUUUGUUGUUAGUGCCCUAACAAAAAAAGACGAUUCUAUCAAUUCUUGGAGGAUUCUUUUCUGGAUCACAGUGGCAUUGUAUGCAAUUGAAUUUAUCGUAUUUUCAAUCUUUGGAUCCGGUGAAGAGCAAGCAUGGAAUAAACCUGAUAGUGAAGGGGAAUCUCAACCGUUGAAGUCAACGGCACCUACUAAGGCAUAAUUUGCUGCAGCACACAAAGUAUUACAAAGAAAGCUUUAACUAUAAGAUGCAUAUACAAACGAAUGAUAUUGAAUGACUUGAAAAACCCAUGAGAUCUGUGUAUUUUAGGAAACAAAUCAAUAAAUAAUAAAAAUUGGCAAAACAACCCUCGCUUUGUGACAUAACAAAAACCACAUUUUAUGUGCAAAAUGUACCUAUUUUUUAAAUUAUAUUUAGUAAGACUGUUAAACUAGAUUAGCGGAGAGUAAAAUGCUUUUAUAAUAUAAAGAGAUCUGUAUCAGAGAAUAUAAAUAAAUAUUGAAUAAAUA